GUUCAAGUUUCUUUCUAAUCAAUGGAUUUCUAGUAAAUUUGCAAAGACAAAAGAUAGAAAGAUAAUUGCAAGUGUGGUGUUAGAUAAGGUGUUUUGGAAAGAAGUGGUAAUUUACUUGAAGGCUGCCUACCCUCUUCUUCAUGUGUUUCGUAUGGUGGAUUCAGAAGAAAAGCCGGCAAUGGGAUUUAUUUAUGAAGAAAUGACAAGUGCAAAGGAGAAAAUACGAGAUGCAUUUCAAGGAAUUGAGACAAAUUAUAUACCUAUUUGGGAUAUUAUUGAUGCAAGAUGGGGCAACCAACUUCAUAGGCCAUUGCAUGCUGCAGGCUAUUAUUUGAAUCCUCAAAUUCAUUAUAGCUCUGGUUUUAAAAUUGCUUAUGAGCUUAAGAAGCAGUUUUAUGCUUGUAUGGAAAGGAUGACAGGAAAUCCAGAUUUAAUUACUAAGAUGGAUGUUCAACUUGAAGAUUUUAAGACUCAAAAGGAGUUUUUUGGUAGUAAAGUAGCUCAAAAUGCAAUUUAUACUAAAACUCCAGUUCAAUGGUGGGAUUCUUAUGGAGAUCAGCAUCCAGAGCUCCAACAAUUUGCAAUUCGUGUCUUGAAUUUGACAUGUAGUUCAUCUGGAUGUGAACGUAAUUGGAGCGCUUUUGAGAUGGUUCACACAAAAAGGAGAAACCGUUUAAAAGCUAAAACCAUGAAUGAUGUUGUGUUUGUGAUGACAAACUCAAGAUUAGCAAAGAAAAAACAAACUAGAAGAAGUCUUGAUUAUGACUAUAGUCUUGAUGAGUUGGACUCUGAUCAAGAGUGGAUUGUUGCUGACGAAGAUGGAGAAGAAGAAGAUUUAGAUGCUCUAAUUCCAUAUCCUAAUUUAAAUGAUGAAGCAAGUGGUAAUAGAAUUGUUGGUGCCUCUAAGGAUCCUUUGGCAAUUCCUUAUCUUGAUGAUGAUGAGUUUGAAGAACUUCUCCAAGGACCUCUUCCUUCUGCUCCUGAUAAUGAUGAAGAUGGUAAUGCAGAAGUUUGUGAAACUCGUGAAGAUUUUAUGACUGAUGAAGAAUAGAAU